UCGGAUAUUUGUAUAAAUCAUAUUUCAGAAAUCAAUGAUUCUUCGAAAAAAGAACUCUUUUUGGAAAAGCACACUAUUAUUCUGUUCAUUUCGUUUAGAUACGACUUGAGUAAAUAUUUUCCUUCUCAUGAAUGGAACAAAAAUAACCUUCAAUUUAUGUUCCGCGACUUCGAUGGUUUGGAUGAUUAUGCACCAAUAGCCAAGAUUAUAAAUGAUAUAGUUCUCGACUGUUGGACAAAUAAUCGGAAUAUAAACGUCUUUGUUACUGCAGAUCCUAUUUAUCCUGUUAAUGUUAUUACCUCUUUGAUCAAACGAUUACGUCUUUUGUUCGAUUGUUACACUUUGAAAAUUAUUGCGAUCUGGGUUGGUGUGUAUCAUAUCUCGCGUGCAAUGAUUUCAAACCAAUGUGAUAUAGCUGGUGUCUCGUAUUGUAUUCAGGUGGAUGAAGAAAAUGAAGUCGCAGCUGAAGUUACGUCAUAUAUUGAAAAGACUAAUAUGGAAAAGGAUGAAAGUGCCACUUCACUCUUGAAUGCCUAUCGCGAAUUUAAUAAUUCUUAUCCUGCUGCAACAAAAAUUGAUGGGCAAAUUUGGUGUAGUAUUCUACAUUAUGUUGAAGCUCACAUCAAAGAAAAUCGUAAAAAGAUUGUUUGUGAUCUGUGCCCAACAAAUAAAAGCGAAUGGAUUCCAACACAUUCAGUUAACAGUACAAAUCAAGAGCAUUAUAUACAAGAAAUUACGCGCAAUGCUUUGUACCUCAAAUUUUCCCAGCAUCCGAAAAUCAAACAUAAACUCCUUUCGACAGGGAAUUUGCCUCUUGGUUUUUUGAAUGACACAAAUGUUACUAAUGACGAUAUGUUGAAAUCGGCUUUGACAGGUAAUACUUUUAUUAAAAUUUUGGAGGAAACCAGAACCAAAUUAAUGCAAGAAAGCAAGAUUAAUGAUAAUCAAGAUAUGGAUAUGAAAUAA